CCUUUCUCGACUCUUCUUCGCUUCGUCUCGCACAAGAAAACAACCCACAAAAAACAGCUCUGUCACACACUUUCUCUCUCAUCACCCUUCCACCUCAAACACAGAAACAACACUUCAAUUGCACAUAAACCUUCAGGAAAAAAAAAACCAAUCUUUAAUCAAUUUCAACCUUUACAUACAUAGAUACAUAUAGAUAUAUACAUAUAUUUACACACGCACAUAUACAUAACCCAACAUACCCUUUGAAUUCUUCGCCGUCUCUGCAAUGUCUGCUGCCGGAGGGCCUCGUCAUCGCGGCGGAGAGGACCGGUUCUACAGCCCACCGGCGAUGCGGAAACGCCAACAACAGUCGCAGUCGCAGUUGCAGAAGUCAUCGAAGCCGAAGUCCAAGUCUUCUCUGGAGUCCGAGAAGAGAAUUGAGUCGGACGAUUGCGCAUCGUCGACGGCGACAACUCCGUCGGUUUCUUCUUCAUUUUCGUCGCCAAGGACAAGCAAUUUGACUAAUUUCGAUCGAUUUUUGGAGCACACUACUCCGAUGGUUCAAGCGCAGUAUGUUUCCAAGACUAGUAUGAGGGGAUGGAGAACUCAUGAGGACGAAUUUCAUCCUUACUUCAUCCUUGGGGAUCUAUGGGACUCUUUUAAAGAGUGGAGCGCUUAUGGAGCUGGAGUUCCUCUUGUGUUGAAUGGGAGUGACUCCGUUGUGCAAUACUACGUGCCUUACGUGUCAGGCAUUCAGCUGUAUAUAGAUCCAUCAAAGCCCUCCGUGAGGCUAAGGCGGCCUGGUGAGGACAGCGAUGCUGAGUCAUCAAGGGAGACAAGUAGUGAUGGCAGUUAUGAAUGUGGAGCAGAAAGAAGAGUAAAUGAUGUUCAGGGAGCUUGGACCCAGCAGAACCAUAUAAGUGCAACUACCCAAAGUUUUAACAGACUCUCAGUAAGGAACAAUCCCUCCAUGUGUUCGUCAGUUGAUGAAGACCAGAUUAGCAACCCUCCUGGUCUACUUGUUUUUGAAUACUUGGAACAGGAUCCACCAUAUAGUCGUGAACCUCUGGCGGAUAAGAUAGCAGUCCUUUCAUCUAAAUUUCCAGAACUCAGAACAUAUAAAAGCUGUGACCUUACGCCUGCAAGUUGGAUCUCUGUGGCUUGGUAUCCGAUAUAUAGGAUACCCACAGGUCCAACUCUACAGAAUCUAGAUGCCUGCUUUUUAACAUUUCAUUCUCUUUCAACGCCGUUCAGAAGUACAAGCACUGAUUGGCCACAUGUUCACAAUUCAACUGUUAGGGAGCUUCACAGUGCUGGUGUGUCCUCCAAACUGUCAUUGCCCAUCUUUGGACUUGCUUCCUAUAAGUUCAAAGUUUCUGUUUGGAAUCCAAAUGGGGUUUAUGAAGGUCAAAAAGUCACUUCUCUAUUGCGAGCUGCUGAUAAUUGGCUCCGGCUUUUGCAAGUUAAUCACCCAGAUUACAGGUUCUUUGUGUCCCACGGCCAACUCUGGAGAUGAUAUGAAAUAACUUCCUUUAAGCAUAGCUCUCUUCUCCAAAAAAUGCAAGGCAGAGACUAGCACCCCGUGAGUUCAAGCUAGGAUGACCUUGUAGAUUGCUGGUUGGAUAUGCAGCAGGAUUUGUUCAGCCUUUUCUUCCAUAAAAAUAUUUUUGAAUAUUCGUUAAAGUCUGAUUAAAAUGUCAUUGCUAAUGCGGUGUUUGUGAGAAGAUACAAUGGUGACAUUGUGGUAAUUGUUAAUUGGCACUUUUGUAACGAUGAUGUGUUUGUGAUCUAGUCUGGAUGUAAAUGCAUGGACGUGAAUAAUGCAUACAUAACCUGAUGAUAAUUACCAUGCUAAUGGUAGUUAUGUUGCGGUUUGGACAGAAAGUGUUUAUCCAAUGUUUUUAUGGCCGUAAAACAUCGUUUGAUGUAAUUGUGGAUUAUGCCAUUAUAUAAUGACAAAAAAGUGGAUUUUAUGUCUGCUA